AUGAACUUAUUUUGGUGCGGGUGCCUACCAGAAAACGAUGAGUCUACACAAAUAUGUCCAAACAAAAAGCUUAUUAUGCCAUCUGGACAGGAUGUAAAUGACAAAGACCUUGACAAAGAAGGAUUUAAAGCGUUGAUGCUCUCAUUUGCAUCUAGGGCCAAAAAGAAUGCCCCGUGUUUCAUUUUAAAUACUCAAGCUGUGAACGUAAUACCGGCUACUUACACUGUAGAUAAAAAUUUUCAGACUUUUAUAAUCAAAGCUUCCGGGUCUAGUGCCAUUGAAAUUCCUAUAACUAAAAUCGAAACUGUAAUGGGCUAUGAAGAACUAUUUAAACAUGAAGACACUAAUCACUGGCUUGAUGAUCCACUGAUAAAAUCAUUGUCAAAUGAUGAACUGAAUCGCUUUGUUUUGGUAGAACACUGGGAUGAAGACGGGAUUAAACUUAAACGACUAUGUUUGCUAGAGGGAAAGGACAUAACCACAAGUGACAUGUUUAUCACAUGUAUCAGGAUCCUCAAGUUGUAUAGAAGCACAUAG